CGGCUGCAGCAGAGUGCACCUCAGCCUUCCUCAGUUUUUUUUAACUGACUUCGACUGUGACAGCACAGAGACAGAAAUCCUCAGUGACUCAAACCGGUGCAGCUUUCUCGCAGCUUUUCGUCCAGAUAGAUCCCAGGAUCGCUGAGGAAGAAGAUGUUGAGGCGAAGGCCUUCCAACGCCUCGGAGAAGGAGCAGGGGCAGCAGAAGAAGAAGCUCACCCUGCAGAGGUCCAGCAGCUUCAAGGAUUUCAUGAAGCACAAACCAACCUCUCCUGUUGUGUCAGAGAAGGAGUUCACCCUGGAGGAGAAUGUGGCAGAUGGUGUGAUAGCAGAAGAAGCAGGGAAAAGUGGCAGCAAGCUGGGAAAGAAGUGGCGCAACGUCAUCUCACGUACCAUGACCCGCAAAACAUCCAAGAUGGUGCAGAAGGCUCUAGCUGAAGAAGGGGGGGAGAGUGGUGAGGAACUGUCCCCCGUCUCCUCUGACUUCCUUCCAGAUCUGAGUGCAGGACAGCGGACGUCUGUGUGCUCCACAGGCUCCGAGGACACGACGCCCAGCCCCAUCAGCCGCCAGCUCUCUGGCAGCAGCGACCGACAGAGUUUGGACUCUGGUUACUGCCAGAGGGACAGCAUGAGACUGGAAGACAACGGCGUCUCUUACAACGGACCGUUCUGUGGUCGAGCUCUGGUCCACACCGACUUCACUCCCAGCCCCUACGAUGUGGAGUCACUGAAACUCCAAAAAGGAGACAUCAUCCACAUCAUAGAGAAGCCCCCAGUGGGCACCUGGACCGGGAAGCUCAACAACAAAGUGGGCUCCUUUAAGUUCAUCUACGUCAACCUCCUGCCCGACGAGAGUCCCCCGACCAGGAGGAGACGCUGCAACAGUAAGACCAACCGAGCCAAAACCAAACCCAAAACCCUGGAGGAAGUCCUGGACAGCAUCGGUCUGACGGAGCUAAGUUCUUUGCUGUCCAUGCACGGUUUCCAGAGUCUGGAGGACUUUGCAGGACUGAAGGAGUCUCACCUGAAUGAGCUGAACAUCACCGACCCAGAGCUGCGCUCCAAGAUCCUGAACACCUCUGAGCUGCUCAGAGACUCUGAAGAGGAGCUGGAGCCAGAGGAGGAGGACAGAUCUGGGGAGGACGCCAAGGAGCCGAGGGAUUCGGGCUGUUUCGAGAGCUCAGAGAACCUGGAGAACGGACGCGAGGAGCCAAAGACGGAGGGGGAGGAAAACCAAGAAACAGAAGAACGUGAGAAGGAAUCAGAGGAGUCAGAGCAGACCCAGACGGAGCAGCUGGAGGCCGUGCAGGAGCAGCUGCAGGAGCUCACAGUGGAUGAAGGCUCUUGAGAAGUGACUGAAAAAUGCCCUUUUACUAAUGGUUCUUCAUUUCAACAUCUCUUCACAGUAAGAGAGCAGACUGUUGACAGACACAAAAUACUGUAUGAACUCGAAAGUUUCCAUUUUCCACAGUUUGCUUGGACUGUUGAGGAAGCUGGUUACAUUGUUGUGAUGGAAUGUCUUGUGAGAAAUAUGUUGUUGUUUGCUGUCGUUUCACAUAAGAUGUGGUGUGAAGUGUCUGAUUUUGAUGGUACAAACUAUGCAUUUAACGGUGUGCUAUUUUAUCCUACGUUUUCAUGCCAUGAAGACUCAAAACUAUAAGAAUGUAGAAUAUUUCCACUCAUUUUUCCUGCAACUUGAUUACAGUUUUACACAUAUUUCUGUGACAUGUUUUCAUGAGGACGUGCUGUAAAUAGACUUUAAAUAAAAAGUACUUCAGUGUG